AUGUCAUCUCUUUCUCUCAAACCGCUAUCCAUUCCUACAUUCAUCUCCGAUAACCCAAACAUCAAAACCUUCAAAUUCCAACGGAACAUUGCACUGCCCUGUAAAUCACACUGCCAAACCGAAAGGGGCCACCAAUUCGAUGUCGGCGACACCUUCUUCCGCAGUGAAAGCGCCACCGCCCGUGACCUCGGUGUUCUCUCCGCCGCCCUCUACCGGAAUACCACCGGAAGUCUCCGGGUUCUCGACGCCAUGUGCGGAUGUGGUAUUCGUUCUCUUCGUUACUUAGCUGAGGCCAACGCGGAUUUCGUCGUGGCGAAUGAUGCUAAUGAAAAUACCAGGGAGAUUAUUUUGGGGAAUCUGUCUCGGGUCGCAAGUGGUUCCGGAGAAGGAAAAAGAUGGGAGGUUAAUCAUUUGCCUGCCACUAGAUUACUGGCUGAGUGUUACUUGCGAAAGGAUUAUUUUGACCUUAUUGAUGUGGAUUCUUUCGGUAGCGGUUCCAGUUACUUGCGAGUUGCUUUGGAUGCUGUGAAAUUGGGUGGCUUGCUAUACAUUACCUCCACUGAUGGGCUUUCUUCUGGUGGUCAUAGGCCUCAACAGUCCUUAGCUGCCUAUGGAGCAUAUGUUCGGCCUUUGCCAUACUCAAAUGAGAUAGGUCUUCGGAUGCUUAUAGGUGGCGCUGUUAGAGAGGCUUCAGUGCUUGGUUAUCAUGUUGUUCCACUUUUCUCGUACUACUCAUAUCAUGGGCCCGUGUUUAGAGUGUUGCUACAAGUCAAGCGUGGAAAGUCUCUGUCUAGCAGGUAUUAUAGUUUUAUCAGCUAUUGCAACCGAUGUGGGAACACGAGAGCAUUUUCCUGGAAUGAACUUGGUGAGAUCAGCUGCCCUUGUAGUACAAAUGUUAAGCGGUCACUUGUAGUUUCAGGACCCCUCUGGACUGGGCCUCUUCACAAUUCUCCCCAUUUAACGGAAAUGAUGAGUUUGGCUGAUCAGUGGGGAUGGUUUGGUGAUGGAGAAGGAAAAAACCUAGAAAAGCUAUUGAAACAGAUGAUUGACGAGAGUGACCCCAAAUUGCCAGUUGGAUACCUCAAUGCAGAUGAGAUAGCAAGUCGGGCUAAACUUAACUUGCCUCCCCUAAGUGUGAUAAUGAACAGCCUGCACAAGGUAUGUCAUUAGUGUAGGUAUUACAUGGAGUGUUUAGUGUUCUUUCUCU